AUGGAUGACAAAUUAGGCGAUGGACACUCCAUUCUGUUUUGGAAAAGUAAAUGGUUUGGGGCAGAGGCUUUGUAUCUUCAGUUUCCAGCUCUAUUCAAUGAGAUUUCUUUCAAACAUAUCUCUGUUCUUGAGGCUGGCUUUUGGAAGGAUGCAACAUGGGAAUGGAAGCUUAUAAAAGGUGAAAAGGUGUUGGGGAGGGAGGCAUCGCUGGAGAUCAGGGAACUGCUUCACUGUUUGGGCGGUAUUUUCCCUAAGGUAGGUAUCAAGGACCGUCACGUAUGGCCUUAUGAGAGCUCCAGUUGUUUCAGUGUGAAAUCAUGCUAUAUUUUGUUGAAUCAAAAUUCUGUUGUGGUGCCUUCGGUUGGUCUAAUGGAGAGCCUUAGAUGUAAUUGGAAAGCGGCAUUGCCUUCAAAGGUGCAGAUCUUUGGAUGGAGACUACUAAGAGACAGGAUCCCAACUAGGCGACAACUUCUUAAUAGGAAUAUUAUAUCUCUUCAGCAGGAAGUGAGGUGCGUCUUUUGUGAAGGUCAGAUUGAAGACUCAGGGCAUAUUUUUCUGCAGUGCCCUAUGUUAGUAUCAUUGAAGUGGAGAGUCUUUUCGUGCCUGGAAAUUCAAUUGCCUACAGUAGAAGAUUGUUGUGAAUUUUUGUUGGUUUGGACUGAACAACUGCAGGGUACCAUGAAGAACAACAUUGCUGCUGCCAUUUGGUUAACAUUCUAUUGGUGUAUUUGGAAGGUAAGAAAUGAGAUUAUAUUCACCAAUGCAAAGUUGGAUAUAGAUGAACUAUACUACAAGAUUGUUUGGUUUGACUGCGGCGAGAUUUGCUAG